AUGUUUGCAAACCAUAGAAACCAGAAAGCCAUGGAAAAGCUGAGGAGGGAAAGAGAGGAAAGAGAGAAAGAGGACGAAAGAGUAAGAAGACAAAGAGACAUGUAUCUGAAGGAGAGAAGGUUGCAGGAGGCCAAGCUAAAAGAGGAGGAGCAGAGAAAGGCUGAUGAGCUGAUGGCUGUAAGACUGAAGGGUAUGAAAAAAGUCCUGAUUGAUAACUGGAUAGGAGACCUCAAAGCCCCAAGUAAGCCUGGAUACAAGAUGCCUGAUCCAAAAAGCUCCACCUACCUACUCUUUGCUGCAAAGGAGGCCCCAAAAUCCGAAGGUUUUCAUCAUUUUAAAUCCUUUAAAAAAAAAAAAAAAAAAAAAAAAAAACAGUACCUGUAGAUUCUUCAAGUUAUUUUUUAGAUCAUAUUAAGAUUUGAUCAUUAUGUAGACAUUUCUGCACGUGAAUAUGUUGUGAUAAUCUGAAUUUAUGAAAUUAAUUCAUGAGAAAUAUAUUGUAUUAGUCUUACUUUUAUUACAAGUUUAACUUUAUUUCAAACUUAUAUUACUCAACUGUUGGAAUUGAUGUCUCUGUAUUUUUUUGUAUUUUAAACUUAAACUUUCAUCAUCUCUCGUCUUUAGAAACAGCAGACACGACCUCACCCAAACCCAAAAAGGAGUCCAAGCGGUGGGUGCCUAACAUCCUAAAGGUCGGGUACUGGAUGGACAGAUACCAGGACCAUCAUGAGAGGAAGGAUGAGAAGAGGAAGCAGAAAGCUGAGGAGCAGUAUGCUCGAUGGUCCACCUCAAAGGCGAGACGAGCCGGCUUGGUUUCCCUGCAGAAUGACUUUUACACUGGAGGGUUUGCUGUCAACAGAAACAGCAUCCUCAAAUCUGUACUUUAA